AUGAUUUACUUUGAUAAAGAAGUUAGAGAAAAAAGAGAUAGAAUAAAGAUCAAACGCGAAAGGAUCCAAAUAUUAGUGUUAAAUACAUCUUUAUUCGCAUCAUUUAUCAUAGCUUUCUUAAUCUUUGUUAUCAUUGGCUUAACAAGUGGUUUUUCAGGAAGUGGAAACAACAAAUUUGGAAAAACCCUCGGAAUUGUUAAUGCUGCAAUUAAUGUAUUGAUUUGGAUGCCUCAAAUCAUUACUACUUGCAAACUGAAAGAUUCAGGAUCAUUAUCAAUAAUUAUGCUUAUCCUUCAAGCUCCUGGAGGGUUAAUUAGUACCGCAUUCAUGGCUUUUGGCCAAAAAGAGAAUUGGACAACUUGGUUACCAAUCUUUUGUUCCUGCUGCCAACAAAUCAUUCUCCUUACAAUUUGUAUCAUCUACGAAUGCAGAAAGCGUAAAAACAAAGUUGAUGUUACAAAGCCAGCAGAAUUAGACGUCCAACAGUACACAGAACCAACAGACAAUCAAUCUAUUUAG